AUGUUAAAUAUGGUGGGGUUAAUUGAGGCCUUUCGGGCCAGCCAAAAUAUCGGUCAUAAUGAUUUGUAUAACCAACUAGUAAAUGACCAUCAAAUUAUAGAGACAACUUGGCAAAAUUAUAUUAUCAAUUCUCCGCCGGCUAAUUUAGGGCAGCGGAAAUUAAAUACUUUAAAUGCCUUAGCAGAACGAAUUAUUGCUGCUAACCCGCUAACUAACCAAAACCAAGUAAAUAAUUUGAAAACUCAAUUGAACCAAGAAAAACAGGCCCAUCAACAAACCAAAAAUAAAUUGUUAAAACUGGAAAAAGAACCAAAUGGUACUUUGGAAAAAUUAAUUCAAACCAUUAAGGAGUUAAUUAAUAAGCCUGAUUUACAAGGGACUUUGACGGCGGCUCAACAAAAAAUUAUUGAGUUAGAAAAAGAGUUAAAAGAUAAAGAAAAUAUUCCCUUUGGAGAGGACUUAGAAAACAUUAAAGAUAUUGAUUUAAGAGAAUUAGAAAGGAUUUUGAAGAUUAAGUUAUCGGCCGAAAUUGUUCGCCAAAUGCGACAAGUUGCUAAUUAUCAACAAUGGGCUGAAAUUCGGAAUACCGAAAUAGCCAACUAUCUUAACGGCCUUCAAAAUAGCCUAUUAGUAGCCAGUUUGCUAGCCAUUGGAGGAAAAUCUCUGACGACUGCCUCAAAGACGCCCAAAAUUGCACCUAUUUCACCACAAAAAAUGAAUGUGGUAGCGGGAAUAAUCCGCAAAAAAAAAUUGGAUUAUUCCUUAAAAGUUUUGGAAUUUUUGCCUAAAAAAGGGGGUCGGAUACUAUAUAAAUUAUUAGCAGGAGCCGCAAAAAGUUUAGAAAAAAGUCAGGAACAACCAGCCAAUUUCUAUCUCCAAAAAGUAGAA